AGACUUGGACGUUGUGAUGUCUAUGCGACAGAGUUUGAUCUUGAAGCGGAUGAAUUUGUGCCACUACCAAAAGGCGAUGUUCACAAAUCGAAAGAGGUUGUUCAGGAUGUGACACUACAUGAUUUGGAUGUUGCAAAUGCUCGUCCACAUGGUACCGGUGGUAAUAUGACAUCGCUUGUUGGGCAACUUUUAAAGCCAAAGAAAACUGAAAUUACGGAAAGGCUGCGACAGGAAGUUAAUACUGUUGUAAAUGACUACAUUGAACAGGGAAUCGCGGAGCUCAUGCCGGGUGUGCUUUUCAUCGACGAAGUGCACAUGCUCGAUAUUGAAUGCUUCACCUACCUGCAUCGGGCCCUUGAAAGUACCAUCAGUCCCGUGGUGAUUUUAGCGACAAAUCGUGGGCAAUGCAAAGUCCGGUAA